GGAUACCCCUGUCGAGGCAUCAGCAGGAGCUGCCGGAAGCAUGCACGCCUUUCCGUUACUGUGCUCCCUCCUUCUCUGCAAUGGUGUAACAGUGGCUGCACAGAAGAAGAUCCAGAAGCUCCCUGAUGAAGGGGAAGAAAGCCCGGCUCAGGUACAGACCCCACAGACUCUCUCUCGAGGCUGGGGAGAUGACAUUGAAUGGGUGCAGACAUACGAAGAAGGUUUAGCAAGAUCAAAACACAGCAAGAAGCCACUGAUGGUUAUUCAUCACCUGGAAGAAUGUCCUUACAGCCAAGCUUUAAGGGAAGCAUUUGCUUCUAGCCAAGAGAUCCAGCAGAUGGCUCAGGAGGACUUUAUCAUGCUCAAUCUGGUGCAUUCCAGCAGCGAUGACAACAUGGCACCCGAUGGCCAUUACGUCCCGCGGAUCCUCUUUGUGGAUCCUUCAAUGACAGUUCGAGCUGAUCUAACUGGCAAAUACGAGAACAGGAUGUACGCCUAUGAACCAGAAGAUAUUUCAACCUUGAUUGAAAACAUGAGGGAAGCGAAGCUGCUGCUGCACACGGAGCUGUGAGCGAGGGGCAGCACCGGCCCACGCGCGCCGAGACACAGCCCAGCACACGCCUGCCGUCCUCGCGCCUCCCCUCGCAGGCCGUUGCGGAGCAGCCACGGCCGGGAGAAGCCAGCGCACCCCACAGAGCAAGAGAUACCCGGAAUGAGGCACUGCCCGCUGGUUUUUAGCGGCGGUUUAUCUUAGUGACUUUACGAUUAUCAUUAAUAGAGAAGAAUUUUCUAUCGUAGCAUUUACAAACUUUUCUUUACCCCAAUUAGCAUCAUUCUGAAAAAGAUACUCAGAUUAUAACUACAUUUUUUAGGGUUGUCUUGUGUGCACCUAGCUACCUUGUACUUGCUGCGGUGAUUUUUCCACAAUU